AUGGUAGCUGAUGGGCAGUCAUGUCCCUUUGGCCAGCCUCUGAAACUUCCGCCGCAGGAGUCGUUGUGGCCGAUCCGGGAGGAUCAAAAGCCGCAGGUGGUGCACACCGUGGAUGAAUUUUUGGAGGUGGUGCAAAUGCAGACGCACCUGGACCGGGUCGUUGUGCUUCCCAGGGGCAUCGAGCUCCUGGGCCAAGGCGCCGCAGCGCCGGAGCAGCUCCGCCAAGCGGCGAACGGGUCCAAGAGCGUGCGGGAAGUGCUGGCCAACCUCGCGGAGGUGUCGCAGUGCUUCCGAGCCCGGCUCUGGCACUACGGGCAGCGUGGCCGGGAGAAGGAGAUCAAGGUGCCAAAGAAGAGCACUGCUGGUAAGGACCCGGAUGAUAAGAAGUGCCUGGCAUCGUUGCAUCGGGAGCUUGGAGCGCAAGAGAAGGAUGGCAAAGUGCAGUCUGAUAUGGCCUUGUACAUCUCGGAGCUCCGGUGGCAGCGGAAGGUCAGGCACCCGCUGGACAACGAGCGAGUGAAAACGGCCACGAACUGUGACAUCUUCGACGUCGCACCCUUUGCAAGGCACCUGCCCCUUUGGGAGCGCUCCGAGGGGGGGAUCUUCGUGGGGGAGCGGGGCGCCGGAUCUGGGCUGCACGUCGAUCAAUGCUUGUGGUCCAAUGUAGGCCGCAACUGGUGUGGCUUCAAGCUAUUUGCUGUGUGGCCCUGGCUCGAGCGGCAUUCGAUUCUGGACGAUGCGGGCAAAGGUACCGUCUUCUGCCCGCCGCUGACGCAGAAGGAGGAAGAGUUCCUCAGCCGGGCAAAGACGGUGGCACUGGUGGGACCUGGCGACGUGUGGGUGUUCAGCGGCGGCCAGCCCCACACGGCGCUGUGCGUGGGGGACGGCGUGAAUAUUUGCGCCUACGAGCCCGGCGCUUGGCCCCACUUCGAUCGCGCAGUGAUGCUUUGCAGCCCCACAGACAUCUCCAAGAUCGCGGCGGAUGUUCCGGUGGCAGUCUGCGGAAAGCUGUUCCACCUGAACAACUUGCACUCGCUGGGCGGUCUGCAGGUGGAGCUGCAGCACUCUCUGGGAAUCCAAGAGCAGGAGUUUGAGGUCAGCGACAGCACUGGGAGAAGGAUUUGCACUGACAAGCAGCUUCAAGAUGCCGUGCUGAGCAGCCAGCUGCCGCUGCAAGCAAACCUCUCGGAUGCCUCCGUGCACCUCAUCGAAAACCGCCGCGAGGAGUUGGCUCAGAUGCAGUGGAAGGUGCUGAGAGAUAAGCUUCGGAGCUCCGAGACCGAUAUGCACAUGCUGCGCAUGCAGGUGUCAGACCUGCAGCAACAGUUGGAGCGGAAGUGCAAGGAGAAUGAUGAGAAGCUCGAGGCGCUGCGGGGAGACGUGGGGAACCAGCUACUCCAGGACCGGACUGGCACGGAGGCGAUGCUGGCACAGAUGUCGGAGCGGAUCCAGUCCUUUACGAACCUCAUCCAUGCCGCUGCUCGCCAGUGCGGCCAGUCGCGGAAUCGAUCCCGCGAGCGCACGGAACGCGAGGAACAGAACAAGAGGGAGUAUGGCACCAAGACGCAGGACAAUCGUAUGGAGGACCUUCGCAAGGCCAUCGACCUGGAGCGUCACGAGCGCGUCAAGGAGAGCCGAGCCGCAGGGAGGUGCCCAGAUUCCGAGGACCGCUCCUGGAAUCAGGAGCUGGACGGGCAUUUGCACAUGCUGAAGGAGGGCAAGGUGGCACUGGAGGUGCAGCGCCAGGCCUUGGAGCUGCUCGGCGCGUCCGCGGAGCAGCACCGGGUCGCAGAGUCACAGUCGCUGAGGGCCGAGGUCACCAAGGAUGCUAGGGAGUGGGCCAACAUGACGAACCAGCAGUUGGACUCUCUCCGAAGCUCCUUGGAGGGCGUCUCCCAGCGACUGCAGACCCAAUGCGAUGUGAAUCGCCAGAUGACGGAGAAGACGGAGCAGGCCUUCCAGCUGGCACAGAAGAUGCAUGACAUCGAGGUGCACAGCAGAGAGGUGGACGUCCGCUUGAGCCAGGCCAGCACCAACUUCUCGGAGCGCCUGCAGCGGAUCUCGGACCGCCAGGAGCAGCUCUGGGAGUCCUUCGAUGCUGUCCGCGUGGAGAAGCAGAAUAUUGAUGCCAAGGCCAACAGCAGCAUCAACCAGAUCCAGGAUCUGAAGCACGCACUUCUGAAGACCGAGGAGGACGCUCGCAAGAGCCUCGAGAAGGAGGCGUCGUUGGUGCGCACGGAGAUCUCAUCUUUGGAGCAGAAGCUGAACGCGCAGGGUCUCAAGCAGAUCUCCGAUUUGGAGUCCCGUUGCUCCGAGCGCUUCGAGCGGGAGUCCACCCUCAGGGAGUCCCACACCAAGACGACGAUUUUCAACGAGAUCAGCCGUGUCGCGCACAGCCCCGAGAAGGGCGAGGCGAAGGAGAAGGUCGAGGAGCAGAUGAGCCCUCGACAGGAGCCUAGCGCGACUUCCUCUCCCCAGUCGGAAGACUUGAAUGCAUCGCGGCGGAUUUGCAGAACUGAAGGCGGCGGCAACAGCUUCGUGCUGCCUGGUGCCGUGGAUCCGCGCUGCGGCUCGAUGUCGGUGCCGCAGCCGACACCCUCCCCGAAGCUGUGGACGUCCUUCGGGCGGCUGAGCCCCGGGAUGCCAGGUAUGGCCUCUCCGGUAUCCACGAUGGCUCCGCGGACAGGGGUGUAUGCAUCGCCACGGAGCCCCAUGCCGGCAAUGAGCCCAGUGGUCACAACGCCCCGGAUGGUGGAAGUGAGGGCACCGGUGUUCUCGGUGCGAGCCAACUCGCUGGAGACCCUGCGACGGCACUGA